AUGUCAAAUGAAACAGCGUCUAUGAGAGAAAUACAACACAACCGACAACUCAUUAUGCAAGCUCUAAAUAAGAACACAACAAACUUUUCAAACUAUUCUAAGAUAUCUGAGUCAUUGAAAGAAGGAAACUUAAAACUGACAUUAAACCCAAUGACAGAUGAGUUUCUGUUUCAAGACAAUAAGAACCAUACUGUCUGUAUAAAUCCAACAAAAGGAACUUUAAACGAGAAACCUAUAAAUGAACUUCUUUUGAAAACAGAUGUUGACAACAAAGCUGACAAAGAAUAUGUAGACGAUGCAAUAGCAAAAGAAGAAGAAAGAGCUAACAAUGCUUAUGCAACAAAAGAACAUACUCAUCCUGAACUAGCAGACAAAACAUAUGUUGACAAUAAAAUGUCAAGUGAAGUGACAAGAGCUGAAAACGAAUAUUCUAAAAAGACUCAUACACAUUCUAUAUCUGAAAUAACAGACUUACAAGAAACCUUAAACAGGAAAAGUGCCGUUGGACAUACACAUACAUCUUCUGAAAUAACAGACUUAAACGUUAGCCUUGAAAAGAAAGCAGAUAAAACAUAUGUCAAUGAAAUAUACCAAAGUUUAGUUGGAACAAAAAAUAUUGAAACUAUUGUUGGUGACUUUUCUGUCAAUGAAGAAAACAAAUAUUUUAGAUGGGAGUUUGUACAUUCCUUAAAAAAUGGUAUACGGUAUAAACUCAUUCCGAAAAAUAACAAUGAAAUGUAUGUAAGCUAUAAAAAGAACGAUGGUACACAAGUUAAAGUUCCAUUAGACAACAACUGCUACUUAAACUUAUAUGGAGACGAACAAAAGAAAUAUUUAAGAGUUUAUGAAAUGACAGAUAUGACAUUGCCUGACCCAGCUCCAGCACCAUAUUAUUAUGACUAUGGAGAUGACGUCAGAACACCACAUGUAGAUGAACAAAAGCUAACAUUAUAUUUAGAUUUUUAUAGAUAUAAAAGAUAUAAUGCAAUAGAAAAAACGAGAAUAGUAUACUAUUAUGAAGAUGACAGAAAUAAAUAUUAUAGUCAAGACUUUACCUACCCUGAAAACAUAAGAUUAUAUUAUAAAAAAUAUUCUGACACAAACCAGAAGAAACCUGAAAUAGUUGCACUAUAUUUUAAGUUCAAAAGAGACAAUCCUAUAAUAUCUCAUAUGUUUGAUUUAAUGAACCCAGUAGGUUCUAUUUAUACAUCUAUGGAAGCAAGAGGUCCUCAAGUAAUGUUUGGUGUUGGUGCAUGGGAACAAAUAGUCGACAGGUUUUUGUAUUGUGCAAACUCUUCAAAGGAAACAGGUGGAAGUAAAACGAUUUCAGGUGAAAAUUUACCUGCACACAGUCACUACAUAGAUUUAAGUACAUCUCAAGCAGGUUGGCAUAAGCAUAGAUAUUGGGAUUGGUCAGGAAUGACAAAAGGUAAAGGAUAUGAUGUUAAAGACGACGUUAAGUUUGCUAUAAAUUGUUACUGGGAUGACACUCAGGGAGAAGGAAACCAUACACAUUUCGUUUCAGGAUAUACGCAAACAACGGGACAAAGUAAAGAAUACAUGCCACCUUACAUGACAGUUUACGCAUGGUAUAGAAUUGCUUAG